AUGAAAAAAAAGAAGGGGAAAAACGAAAAAAAGAAAAGGGAAAAACGAAAAAAAGAAAGGGAAGAACGAAAAAAAGGAAAAAGGAAAAAUGAAGAGAAGGCGAGAAAAGGGAAAGGGGAAAAGGAAAAGGUGAAGAAUGAAAAAGGGAAGAAAGGAGCGUGCGGACUCACCCUUCGUAAGGAAGAACUGACCAUAGUCGCCAUAGCAGGGCACGAACAAAGGGAAUUAGAAACUAAAGUAAAAAAUAUUGAAGAUCGCAAAGCAUUCUGCUCUACUCGAGCUAGCCCAGUUGUUCAAUCGAGCGUGAAAACUCAGUUAGCGAUGAAAGUAGCAGCCAAAACCCAUUAG